GUGAAGAAGCCAGCAAGUCAUUCUCUGCUCGUUUGUAUUCUCUUCUCUUUGUAUGAAGCAGAGGAGAGCCAGCACUUCUUGUGUGCUGUCUAUCAUUUAAUGAGAUUUUUAGGAUAUCGAAUUACUGAGGUUAUAGAGAUACAUACGCUAUGCCUGACCCCUUCUACUAUCCACUGGUAGAAAAUGAGAUAGAUAUCAGGAAUGGAACUGGAUCUGGCAGUAGCAGUUCACCUACAUCCUCAUCCCCAACCUCAUUGUUUGAAUUCUUGACUGAGCAUAAAGUUGAAUUCAUUGCUGGAGGUGGUACUCUACUCCUCUGUAUCCUCUUCUGUCUCUGUUUCUGUUGUAUUUGUCUCAUGUGUUACAUACGUCUCAAGAGAAGACACUCAAGCAACAUUAUUCACACUUUUCCUAAAUUUAGGAUACUGGAUGCACCAAAUCCAAACUUUAGGAAUGACGAUGCAGUUUCACCUUACCAGCACGAGCGUGAUGAUAUACCACUCACAGAGUCAACCCGCACUGGUACUGCUAAUGUUUCAACAGUCACCACACCUAACCAUGGUACCAAUAACGUAAUAACUCUACCUCAACCAGUGCCCAGUACUAGAGGAUACACAAUAUCUGGCCCUGAAUAUUCAUACGCUGAUGCUGAUGAGUUGAGACUAAUGACUGCAACAGGUGUCAGAUCAGGAGGUGAUGCUGAGGAGUACUUAUAUGCACGUAGUGUUGAAAUAACAUCAAAGACUCACUCAUUACCGCAUGGGUCAUCAAGAACACCUUCUGCCUAUUCAGAACCAAAUGAAAUUAUAGGAAAGUAUGGCAGUAUAGCUACUACACCUCCUCUAUCUCCUGUCUGUUCACCUCAGAGAAAAGAAAUGUCAGAAUCAUCUCCUCCAGCAUAUGAAGGUCACUAUAUGACACCUGCAGCUGAUACAGAAUCACUUUAUGCUCAAAUCAAAUCAUUAAAAGUUCGACAGUUAAACAAAGCUGACAUUACGACCCAAGAAACAUUAGGGACUGGUAAUUUUGGUGUGGUCUUAAAGGGUCUGUGGAGUACAGAAUCUGGCCUGGAGCCAGUGGCUGUGAAGACUCUAAAAGCAAAUACAACUAGUACUAUUAUCAAGUUCCUCCAGGAGGCGGCUAUCAUGGGCCAGUUUCAUCAUAAUAAUAUCAUCAAGUUGUAUGGAGUAGUCACCUCUGGAGAUCCAGUCAUGAUUGUAUUGGAGCUCAUGGAGCUAGGAGAUUUAAGAAAUUACCUUAACAGCAUAAGAAUAAAGGAUCUCUGUAGUGAUCCUAAAUUACCGGCUCUACUGCUCAGUUUCUGUCGUCAGAUUGCUUCAGGUAUGGAGUACUUGUCUAAGAAAGGGUUUGUACACAGAGACCUGGCUGCUAGGAAUAUAUUUCUGAGACAAGACCUGAUUUGCAAAAUUGGUGAUUUUGGUUUAGCUCGUGAUCUGAUGGACGAAGAGUAUUAUAUUGCAACUGGUGGGAAAAUACCCAUCAAAUGGACAGCACCUGAAGCUCUCACUUACAAGAAAUACUCAAGUGCUAGUGAUGUGUGGAGCUUUGGUGUGUUAGUGUAUGAGAUAUGGUGUCUGGGACAGAAACCAUUUCAAAACAAAACAAAUCAAGAAACUCUUCGACAGAUUGAGGAUGGUUAUAGACUUCCUCCUCCUCCAGGCUGCCCCCGUUCGUUAUAUGAGCUAAUGAUAUCUUGUUGGAAUCCUGAAGCAUCAAGACGUCCGUCAUUUGAAGCACUCCAUUCUCUUCUCUUAGGAGACGAAAUGAUGCUAUUGCAAUGGAGUGAUAGUGACAAAGAAGCUCAUCCUGAAGCAAUGCUCUUAGGAUCAAACUUGAAGGUCUCUGAGGGAUUGUACACUGACUUGCAGUUAACUUAUAAUAUGUCAUGAUGAUAGUUUCAUGAGUUUCUAUUAUUGUGUUUUUACUCUUUGUACUGUUAAAGCAACAUUCGUAGUAAUAAUUGUGAUGUACAACUGAUUUUGUAAACAUUUUCAAUGCCUUUGAAUGCUGUCCUUGGUUAAUCUGGA